AUACAUUGAUGAUAUCGAUAUAAGAAAAAGAUUUCUACAAUUUUUUCAAUCAAUUUUUAUAUGAUUGUCACUUUUUUUUCGUUUCAACUAAUUGAUAAUUUAGCCAAUAUUUUUUUCUAGUCUAUCAAGUUCUAUGACACUCUUUGGUGUGUAAAUUUACACGAAAACAAUAAUUACUGUUUUUUUUUUCUUUUUAGUUUCAUUCAAACGAUUAUUUGAUUUAAAUUAAUUCUACAAUGCAAUCAUACCAAUCAACAACUGGUGCUCCAACCACAUCUACAACAACGUCAUCAGUUACACCGAUCAUCUGGUUCGACAAGGAUUAUCUAAAUUCAAAUGAAGGUCUUAUGAAAAUUGUCGUUAUUGUAUCUUCGUUCAUUGUCGCACAAUUUGGACCAAACAAUGGCCGUGUCAGUUUCUAUUGCUUUACAUCGAUGAGUGCAUUUUGGAUCAGUCUUACAUUAUUUGGAUUAUAUGCAUUUCAUGUAGUGGAAAAAAUGUACACUUUUCCUUGGAUUCUUGGUGAAUUUGGUUACAGUAUCGUUUGGGCGACAUUUUAUUUUGUUUCAUCAUUAUUAAUGUUGAUUGGUGGUGGUGUACAAACAGUAGUUGCUAUUUUUGGAUUUUUUGCCUGUGCCAUUUUCGGUUAUGAAGCAAAACGUAAUUACAUAAGACAUCAGAAUAAUGAAAUUGCCCAAGGUGAAAGAGUUUCAUCACAAUCGAUGGCUUGAAAAACAAAACAACUAACCCAAAAAAUAAGUGCAAUUCAACAGGUGUUGUUUUAACAU